AUGCUGACAAAACCUCUUAUAGUCUUUUCUCCCAGAAAUGCGUUUGCUGCACAUAACUUCAACGUCACCCAAGAAGCUCCAGUGAAGAAGGAGGCGAUUCACCAAUCCGAUUUUCUGCAAUCCGAGACAGAAGACGUCGUUGACUGGGAUUUCUGGCUCACCCCCGAAGUUCUCAGUGGAGAAGGCUCGCCAUCUUUUGGAUGA